AUGGGUUGUUGCGUGAGUGCAGCUAAUCAAAUUAAAGAACCUGAAAAAUUGAAUAACAAACCUAUAAAAAUUAGUCAUCCUUAGACAUAAUAACAGGAUAUCCAAAAUAAUCAAGUUAAUGAAGAGGAUACAAAUGAAGAUGAAAGGAAAAGAUAUGUGUAAAGGAAAAAAGACGUUCCUCCUCCUUCCAAAUACCCUAAACCUAUGAAAAAAGAUUAUCGUGAAGAUAUCCAAUUUGAAAUCCAAUAAUAACCUGUAGAGCCUUAAAAACCAAAAUAACAUAGGAAUGAAAAAUUGCACAAAUUAAUUCAACAUGGAAGGGAGUAUGUAGGAUCACUUCAUUAUAAUUCUGAAACUGACACAUAAAUCAUAAGUGAAAUUGAAUCGUAAACCUUUUAAAAGUCACUCACCUUGGAAGAGUUGAAUGUAACAUAUUAUUAAUUUUUAGAAUAUAGCAUAAAGGUAUGAUAAAACAUUGAAUUAAAUCUUAUUUUUAAAAUGUUGUACAGGCAUCUCUUUGCUUGAACUUAUCCUAAUUAAUAUAGAUAAUUUUGAUAUAAUAACCCAUUUAUUAUUAGAGCAAAAAUUUCCUAUAAAUGACGAUCUCUAUUAUAUUGCCAUUCGAGUUAUAAAUAAACUUAAACCCUUAAGAAAAAGUGACAACUAAGUUUAAUAAUAGAUUAAUUUUCUUAAAGCAAUCAGAGAAUCCAAUCAAGUUCGUGAAUUAGUUCACAAAAUUGAAUCAGUUAUGAUUUUUAAUGGGUUUUAAAAUUUUGACUCUGAAUUUAACUUUAAAAACCGUUAUCAUCUCAAAUUAUUAGGAACAAUAGUUAAAAUACUUAAAAGUUUCUAAAUAGAUUCAAGUCUUGAAUAAAUAUAUUGUGAUGCAAAGAUCGAUCGCAAUUUCACUAAUUCCUCCAUUCCAAAAUCUAUUCCAAAAGGAGAAAGUAAAGAAGUGAAGUCUUGUAAAAUAGAAUUGAAAUAUCUAAAAAUGAAUAUAUUUCACUAGAUCGCCUUAAAUAAAGAAUGGGCACUUUUUCAAUAAUACUCAAAUAACUACUACCAAUAGCCAGAUAUAGCUGGAAUGACUCCUUUUAUGAUCUUUUUUGAAAGGGCACCAAUUAACAUAAUAUACGAAUAUAUAACAGAGUAUCCUUCACAACUCAAAUAGGCUAUUAAGUAUUCAACAAGUUAAGGUAAGAAUAUUGCACAUUGCCUUUCUACGAAUAAGGACAUCUCAGAAGAGAAUGAAUCUAUCAUUAUGAACAUCUUGUCCCAAUUAUCUUCUUUAGGAUCAGAAGAAUAGAUGUUAAAAUAAAUACUACUUCAGCCAUACAAUGAUUUUAUUCCAUUGAUUUCUUAUUUGGAUUCACAUAAGGUGGUAUUAAAUUCAGUUUGUCAAUUUUUGAGUCAAUAUAUUACAAAGGAAUUUGAUUUAAACAAAUUGCAUAUUCAAGCCAAUAUUCAUUCACAUCAAAUAAAGAAUUAGAAAAGAAAAGAUCUUAAACAAAAUGAAAACAAUGUGUAUCCAAGCUUGUACGAGAGAUUUUAUCGUUUUUAAAAAUAUGGUAAAACUUUAGCAAAAUAAUAUCAAUAAAAAAAACCAUUUACUUUAUAUGAUAAUGUUUACUUACAUUACAUUCAAUUAGUGAAAUAAGUAAUUAAAAAGGAUUUUAAAGUAAAAUUUGAUUGGAUUACUAAUUAUAAUAUUUACUCAAGUUACUUUCCUUAUGAUAUAGGAACUACAUAGUAGACAUUGAUGAGUUUGUUAUUAAGAAAUGGACAUUCAGAAUAAGUGAAAUAGGGUAUUACUUAAGUGAUUUAGUUAAUGGAUUCUGGGAUAAAUCUGGAUGUUGAGACCCCAAAUGGAUUUUCUCUGUAAGCAUAACUUUUAGCAGAAUUAAUUAGUUUAAAAAGAGAAUAAAAGCAGUAUCCAUAUCAGACAGUUUUUGACAUGAUUGAUUCAGUAGUGAUUGAAUAAAUAAAUCAAUAACCUAAGUUGCUAAUAGCUUCAAUAUUUGGAAAUACUGAUUUUAGAAAAAUUGAAUAUUAAUCAAUAUAUUCCUACUUAAUUUAAUUAAAGGAUUAAAAAUUAUUAGAAGGAUGUUUAACUGCAUAACUAUUAUUUGAUAUAAAUUAAAAUAUAAAAUACGAAUUGCUGAUAACAGCCUUUGAAUUAAAAUCAUUAAAUUCUAAAGACCAUUUGCUUAAGAAAAUACAAGAUUCGAUUUAAUUGAAAGCUAGAAUUAAUUUAAAUAAAUAACCUGUUUUUUUAUAGAUUAAAUUAAAUGAUAAAUCAUAACCAUAAGAAGAUGAGGAGAUCCAUACAAUUAAUUUUUAAACAUUGCUUCAACUUGAUAUCUCAAGUUAAUAAUCAAAAAGAAUAAUAAUAGAGCAGAUUAAGGAAAGUGGUGAUAAGAAAGAUGAUCAAGAACAUAUUUUUAAAGCCAGUAUAUCACCCCAAAAUAUUUUGAUAUUUCAUUAGUAAUCAGAAUCCUACAAAACCUUUAUAGAAAUUAUAAAAUCUUAGCGUAAGCCAAAUCUCAAUAUGUUUUGGACUUUGAAAGAUAAAAUCAACUUUAAACCAUAAUUAUUAUCUAAUGAAUAUUAUUAUCAGACUAUCACCGUUCAUAAUUUAACAGUAGAUCAGUACGAAUAAUUAUUCGAUUGGUAAAUUAUUGGAAUAGUUGCAAAAAUUGUAAAUUCAACCAUUCCUAUAAAAGAAGAUACAUUAACUCAUAAACAAAGAGUUAUUAGAAAUUAAAUUGUUAAAAAAAUCAAUUUUGCUGAUGCUUUAGCUCAAUCAAAUAAACUUAAUUAGGAAUUUCAAGGCUAUCUUUUAAUACUUUCCCAUAAGAAUCUUCUUAAUUUAUUAUCAAAUCUAUUGACAAUGGCUGAAGAAGAAGCUUUUGAUAAUAUCCGAUCUUUAGUCAUUUGUUUAAAAUUUUCCGAAUACUAACUCAUAUCAUUAUUAACCAUUUAAUAUUUAAAAUUUGAAAAGAAUGGACAAAAGUAAACCUACUCAUAAGAUGAUUAGUUUGUGUAAAAAUAUAACUACUUGCUAUCAAAAUUAUUAGAAUUGUAAUUUCCUUAAAUGGAAGAUGGAUUUUAUAGAGAUGAUGAAAGAUAUUAUCACAUUAAAAUUUUACUUUUGAUUUCUCCUCAAAACUACUUAUAAUUGGAUUAAUAUACAAAAAUAUAAUUGUUUUCUAAAAUAGGAAAAUGGAAUUAUAGUUUAGAAUAACAUGUUUAUGUCUUAUUAAAUGGCUUAAAUGACUAGCUAGCUUUGCAAGAGAUAACCUAUAGAAUAAUGAGUAGUAAGGACCUGCCAAAUAGUCUUGAUUUAAUCAAUUUAGUCCUAGAAUUUUCUUUGAGAUAAGAAAAUAUAGAGAAUAAAUACAAGUAAAAGUUUUUUAUCUCCAUAUUUUAACACUAAGAACAAUUAGCCCUUAAAUAUUUAAAUUAAAUGAAGCUAGAAAAAACGGAAAUUUAUAUUCUUUAUGGAAUGGUUUUGAGAAAGAAUUAAUCAAGCAAAGCAUUAAAUUAACUAUUGCACUAUUGUGAAAAUAAUUCCAUUGUUCUUGAUAAUUAAAUAUACAAGACACCUUUAAAAUGUCCAGAAAAUUUAGAGAAUUAUUAUAGAGCCUUGUCUAAACCCUAUUAAAUAGUUUUUACUUUAUCUCAAUAUUAAGAAUUUUAUAAAUAGAUGCCUUUGACUAUUGAAUAAAAAACUAAACAUAUAUAAUAAUUCCUUGAAAAUGGGCUAUAUGAAAAAUUAUAAUUUAUACUUAGUUAAGGUGAUUUCAGUUUUGAAACCUAUAGCACGGCAUACUUUUAAAUGAUGAAAUCCUUUUUGGAGGAGUAAUUAUCUAUCAAAUUUGAUAAUUAGGAUACAAAUGGAGAUGAAGCAGAAGAGAUGGAUGAAAACGGUAAUUAAUCCGUUUAAAAAAAUACUAAUAAAUAUCUAUUUUUUGAUCUUAAACCUAACGAAUUAAAAUUCAAAUAAUUAAAAAAUAAAAAGACUAAACUGGAGUUAAAAUAGGAGGCUUAAAAGAUUGUUGAAGAAUUUUGCAAAACCAAUAAUAAGUCUCUUCUCAAAAUUAAGUUUAUUAAAAAAGUAAAUAAUAUACAAUAAAAAUUAAAUUAUUAACAAAAUUAAAGUUUCGGAAAUUAAACGCAAGAUCGAUCACCUUUAUUUAUGAACUCAGGAGGGUAGAAAGUAGAUUUUCUUAAAUGCAUUGAAAUAGUAUAAAAACAAUUUAAUCCAAAAAAAGUUAAAUCUAAAGAAAUAAUAGCAAAUUAUGAGUAUUACUCCAAUUUAAUAUACCCAAAGAAUAAAAAAAUAGAGAAAUAUCAAGCCAUUAUAACAACAUUAUUGCAAGUAUUUAAACAGAACAAAUUUCCUAACAGUUUUUUAUCAUCUAGAGCACAGGGUUAUAUUGAUUUAUACAAUGCUAAUGCCAAUUUGAAAUAAGCAGAAAUAGAAUUUGAAUUUCCUUAACGAUUUACGUCAUUUUAGAAGUAAUUUUUCUUGGAAAUUUUAUUGAGUCUGAAAAGUGACUCACAAAAUGAUACUGCUAAUCUGAUUUUAAGUUAAUAGCAUGAAAAUAUGAAGUGCGUAAAGUUUCUGUAAAAGAAUUUAAGUGAAUUAGAGAACAUUAGAUUCAAUAGCACUACAUUGUAUUAUGUAACUAAGUAAGUAGAGAUAUUAAAAAGUAAUUCAUAUCCUUUGGAUAUUUUUAAUCAUUAUAAUGAAUCUGAAAAAAUAAAGACGACAUUUUAUAAUUUGUAAUACACAUCAAAUGAAUUAACUAAGAAUCAAGUAUUUCUUAGAAAAGGAAGACAUGACCACAUCACAAAAUAAUCUUAGUUUACACAAAAUCAUUUAGUAGCUGCAAUUAUGAGCAAUAAUUAUGCCUCAAUAACUUAUGCAUUGAAUCUACAUGCAGAACCUGUAAAAUGUGGAUUAACAAAUAAUGUAUUUUAAAUUUUAAUAAUCUAAUAAUGCGAGAAUAACAUCAUUAAAUAUUUCAACUCAUUUGUUAAGGGAAGAGUAUAAGCAUACGAAAAACUAUUAUCACUCAAUAAUAUUCCUAUACUCUAUUAUGUAUUUUACAAAAAAAUGGAGAAAGUUUUUAAGGAAUGUUUUCUUGCAUUUUUAACAAAUUUGAUAGGUAAACAAAAAACAUAUGAUAUAAUUAAAAGCUAAUUGCAACUAACCUCCAAUUUAACUGAAUACAAAGUCUAUUAAAUUGCUUUAAUGAAUAAAUGCUAUUAUGUUCUGAACUAUUUGGAUGGAAUCAUAACACAGGAUGAUUUGUAGCUGAUAAGCUCACCAUAUAUUCUGAAAUGUCAGAUUCAUCCUGAUAAAUUAGAGGAAAACUCAAAAGAAGAAUAAUUUUAUAAAAAGUAUUUUGAAUUGUUAUCAUUGGCAUAAUAAGAACUACAUUGGCCUGAAUUUGAAAGAAAAAAGAAGAAAGGCGAAUAAUAGGAAAAUAAAAAAGAAUAAGAAGAAGAAGAGGGAGAGGGAGAAAAAAAGAAAAAACCAAAAAAAAAGAAGAAGAAGAAUAAAAAGGGUAAAAAGAAUGUUACUUCAACAAAGAAAUCAAUUAUCUCUAAAAAAUCAAAUAGUUUUUACAUUAAAGAUAAAUAAAUAAAUGAAUUAAUUUUAUUUGAAUAGGCUUGCAUAAAUUCAGUAUUUAAAUUGAAAGCUGAAAUUGAACUAAAGAAUAAAAUGUUAACUAUGGCUUUAAGUGAAAAUAAAUGGGAAUGUUUGGAAAAAUAUAAAUAUCCCAAGCAUUUGUUUAUAUAAUUAAUUGCUGAAUAUAAAAGCAAGAAUUUAAUCCAAAAUUUAGACCAAAGUUUACUUCAAAACAUCUUUAAAAAUUGUCUUCAAUAUUAAAUACUUAAUAGUAACUUGGUUAUUGAACUUUGCCAAAUUAACCCUCAAUUACUUUUAAAAGUCUUAAAAGCAAUACACGUAACCUUAGAUAUAGCUGUGAUUUUAUAUGCUAAAUUGAAGGAUACUCCUGAACUUGACAAUUUCUUGAGAUAUCAUUCCAAAAUGUACAAGGAGUACCUAAGAAUUCCUUUAAUGAUGGUGCCUAUAGAAGAUGAUGUGAUCGAAUAAGGAGAGGAAUAUCCCAUACCAAGAGAAUACAUGUAACCUUCUGUAGCCUACAUAUUAAUGUUAUUACAUAGUAUAAAAUAAGACAAUUACGAUCCUAACCUAUUGAAAAAGCAAUAUAUUUCAAUUCCAUUGUUUUAGAAAACCUACGAUUUACUUAAAUAACAAUUCAAUUAAUAAAGUCUAACAUAGAUAUAAUUUACAAACAAUACCUUGUAAUUUUUGAAAGAUUUCUCAGAAGUCACUUUAAAUAUUGAGAAGGAUCGCUUUUUUGAAAGUCUGAAUUCUGAAGAUAAUACUUUGGAAAUGGUAGUUCUCAAAAGCAUUAUUUAAAUAAAGUAAAUUGAAGCAAUUAUUGAAAAUUUCAAAGUCCAAUGUUCAUGGUAAGGCUAUUAUUAAAAGGAAAAAAAGCAUGCCAAAUAAAUUAAAAAUAGAUUUUAGAUUUACUUUGGUGAUGGAGAGAUAAGGUUUUCCUCUGAAUGUUAUGAAAUCUAUUUGACAUUUGAAAAAAAUCAAUUCAUUUUGAGUUAAGAUAAAAUUGAUCGAUUUUUUACUUUUUUAAAAUAAUAAGAGCACAAAAAAAAUUUAGAUGAGUAACCUGUAUUGUUGGAAAAAAUAUUAUAGUUUAAAACUGUUAAUAAUAAGUAGGUCAAUUUAAGUAAAUUUGAUUUAAGUGCUUUGAAUUCAAUUGAUUUUGAUGGUAUCAAUUAUGAGAAUUGCAUAAAUUUAAUAUUAGAAUUUACAUUACCUUAAGGGAAGUGUGGAUAAUAUGAAAUCGAUGACUUGUUUGCUCCUCAUCAGCAUGAAUAAAUUAGACAAAUUGAAUUGUCAUAACAAAUUUCUAUAUAAUAACCAGCAUUAUAGAGAUAACAAUCUUCAUAAAUGGGUUAAUCUUUAGGAGCUUUAAGUUUAACUAAACAAGUUUCCACUAAUAAGAGGUAGAAAUUAAGAGAUGAUUUUCAAUUCAUGCUAGAACUUUUGCCUGAUAACACUUAUUAAGUGCGACAGAGACAUUAAAAAUAGAAUCAAAAGGAAAUAAUAUUUUCUGAAUUCUAUUAAUUCCAAUAACCUAAUGUUAAGUUGAAUUUAAUUAAAUUAAGUUAAAAGGAAUUCAUUGAAUAAUAUGACAGUAGAAAAACAAUAUCUAUCGUAGUUUAGGAUCUUUAUAAAUAUAAUGAAUAUUUAGGUAAUUUGAUUGAAGGCUAAAAACAAUAAGAGGAAUGGGUUGUUGACUUUCCAUUCUAUAUUGUGAAUAAUUCAAUCAAGUUUUCAGAAUGUUUAUUUACAACCUAUAGCAUUUAAUGCAUUUUUAACAAGCUUUUUAACUUUGUUGAAAAAGUAAGAGCAAAUUCUUUAUUUGACAAGAAGGACAAUAAGAAAUUGAUUUGGAGAAUUAAUGCAACUUCAUUUUUGGAGGUCUUUGUAAGCAAAUUAAUUGAUUAGAAGAGUGAAAAAUACCCUCAAGUUGAAAUAUAUUCCUUGAUAGAUUCAUUAUUGGAAUGGAAGAGUUUAACUAUGAUUUUAAACACAUUAAUAUAUCACAAUUUGGAAUAAGCUUAAUAAGUGUUAAAGGUAAUAAGGGGUAUAUAUGUUGAGUUUAAUGAAAUUUCUGAUUUGACUUAGCAUAAUUGCUAAUUUAUGGAUACAAAUUGUUCUCUUGAUACAACAUUUUUAUUUGGUAAUACCUCUUAUUUGCUGUAAAAUUAGAUAUUAAUUAUACGGUUGAAUGUGAAAAUAGAAUCAAACCCCUCAUAAAUAAUUAAAAUAAAAAAUAAUAUCAUUGUUCCAGACGCUAGAAUUUAAUUGUAUUAUAAUAAUACCCUUAACAUUUAUGACUUUUUUAAUUAGAUUUUCAGCGCUGAUCAACUGGUUUAGUUUAUUUUUAAUAAAUUAUAAGUUGAUGGAUGCUUGCUUAGUUAUUCGAAUUAAAUAAGUUACCUUAUAAAUAAAGUAGUAACAUUUUCAGUGGAUCAUUCACAAUUAUAAUCUAUAUUUUCAGGUGAGAUUUUGAGAGUGAUGUCAAUAAAAAACAAUGAAACGAGAUUAAAAGAAUUUGAGAGCAUUUGGUAUAUUUUAAAUCAACUUUAUUGUUAUUUCACAACGGAUUUGUAUGAAUAUUUGCAAAAUUCGUUUAAGAAUGAAAAAUUCAACAGUAUGUUUUACAUAAGGUUUCAUUGUCUUCUGGAUUCUAUCAAAUAUAAAAAGAAUUUGAAUGAAAUAUUGAAUUCAAAUACUAGAUAGAUUUUUAAAUCUAACGAAGGAUUUGUCUUGGAGAAAGUCUGCAACUUAAAUAAAUACAUAACCUCAGGUCUAGGAUUUAGAUUUGGUUUUUAAUUAACUACUUCUUUUUACAUUAGUAAUUGCUAAUUAGGUGAUACUUGCGCAAUUUUGCAUUCUGAUAAUUCUAAAUUAAAUUUAAUCUUUGGAGAACUGUUAAACAACACAAAACCAGGGUGUUUGGUAUUUCAGGAUUUGAGUGAAUAUAAUGAGUAUAGGUCGACAGCCGAAAGGGAAUUGUCUAUUAGUUUAGAGGAUAUUCAAACCAUAGUAGUAUUUAAAGUGUAAUGGCCUAGCGAUCCUUUAUUUAAUAGUAGCAUUCUUAAUUUAUUUAUCACUGAUAUUGAGAAAGACUUAUUCAUAUGUAAUGAGAAAAACUUCAUCAAGUUUAUGAUUGAAAUAUAUAAUGAAGCAGAUGAAAAUGUUCAAUAGGAAAAAAUAGAUAAUUUAUUUGGAGUUGGCUUAGCAUCAUUCUAUACUGAAAUUACUUUGACAUAAAUGACACCUACAUUUGUUGAUUAAAUCAACUUUGACUUUAUCUCGAAUAAUUCUUUAAAAAGAUAGCAAUCUGCGAUUCAACCAAACACUGUUUUUAUCAGAAUCAAUGAGGAUAAUUUUGUAGUAGAUCCCAUACCAACCUUACCCAUAAAUACUGCAUGCUAUUUUGAAUCAAAUGCUAAGAGUUACAAAUUAUAAGGGGAACUUAAUAAUUUUGUAUAAUAACAUGAGGAAUUUAGGGAAGUAUUUCUGAUAUUUGAUGAUGAGCUUGAUAGUUAAGUACAUAGAGCGGCAGACAGAAUAAUAGCUGAAAAUUCAGGCAUAACCAGUUUCAUUCAGGGCUAUGAACAGUUUAUAUCAAAUAAUAAUCAAAAUUCUAUCAAUAGUUCAUUGUAAAUGUUCUUUGGAGUUUAAUCCAUUUCAUCAAUUAAAAUUAACAUCAUUAAGAAUUUGAUUACUAAAAUUGAGAUUAUUUUUGCUCCAUUCAAACAUGAAGGAGAAGCCUUAAUUAAACUUAAAGAUCAAACACUCUAAGUGUACUCUUUUUUGGGUGAAACCAAGAUCCAUUAUCCAGAAAUAGAUGAAGUUUCUAAUUUCUUUUAUAAUCUGAUCAUAAACUUUAAAGAUCAUCAUUUUGAGUCAUAAAUUACUAAUGAUAAUCAAAUCCAAAUCAACUUUAAGAGAGUACCUGAUUUGGAGUUUAUAUAAGUAUUUGUAGAUAUCGUAUUGAUUGCUUAAUAUAUUCAUUAACUUGUAUGUAUUAUUGAUAAAGAAAAUUAAAUCAAAGCAAUAAACAUAUAGCAUACUGAUGAAAUAAAAACGAAUAAUAAAUAUUCGUUCUAUUAAUUUGUAGAUGAUGUGAUAAUCAUUAAUUAUUGCAAGUACUUUGAUUUUAAGUUUUCAAAUUUCAUAUUGGAUUAUUUAAAUAGAAAAUAAAUCAAUGAAAUAAAUAAGGUACAAUAGAAUUUCAGUUAUUCUGGGCCACAAAUACUUUAAAAACAAUUAGAUUUAAUUCCUAAAGCAAUAUUCUCUGGUGUGAAUUAGACCGAUUAGGUAGAUUUGCUAUCCAUAAUUGAUAUGAAUGUGACAAUUCACAAUUAAGAAAAAGCAGACCCAUUAGAAUUUAAAGAAUUGAUAUUAAUACCUAAAGUAAAUGGUUGCUAUAUCAACUUAUUCUACUUCAAAAGUUUCCAACAUCCCACACUUGCCAAAUAUAAUAAUCAAAAAUAAAGCCAAUAUUAAGUAGGUGAAGAGGUUCACUUUUUGUUGCAUCCAAUUAACUCUUAACAUUCCCUAGAUCAAUAAUUAUAAAAAUUGAAGGUAAUUGUUAGUUUAGGAUAAAUGGAAAAAAAAAAAUACAGCCUUAGUCAACUGAUAUUUUAGAAUUCAGACUAGGAGCAUUUAAUUACAAAAUUUUUAUUUUUGAGUAAUAAUUUCAUGCUUGUAACAAUGAAAAGUGACUCUCGAUUGAAAAUUAAUAUUUAUUCUACUUCAUCAAUUACUUUGUCUUAAUAAAAUUAUUAAUUUUCAAGACAAUUAAAUUUUGAGUAUUAGAUUUAUACUGUUUAAGAUUUAGAAAAGACUAUACACGUUUCAGUAACACAUGGUUAAAAAACCAUAAAAGUUAAACUUGAAAAAGAUGAUCAUACAACUUAUGGCAAAGGCAAUAAGUAGUUAAUGAAGAUUCUAUCGAAAGAGUCAAAGAGAAAUAAGAAAGAAAUUUAUUAGUCAGUGGAGUCUACAACUCAUUCUUCAGAAUUGUAAAGUGGAAAUACAAUAAACAUGAUUAGUAAUUAGGAUAUCGCUGCAGCUACAAGAGCAGGAGUAUUGAGGAAGGAUUAUAUUGAGUUUAGAGAUUCAAAUUGCAAUGUAGUUGAAUAAUUUAUUUGUGAGAAGGUUAGCUUUGUUCAUUCGAUAUUCUAUCAAAUAUAAUAUGUGCCAGAGAAGGAAAGAGUAGGUGAAGGAUUGAAUUUGAUUUGGACUCCUACUUUCAAAGGAAUUUACCAUUUGUUCAUAGACAAUGUGAAAAUUGAGGGUCGUUUUGUUGUUCUGGCAAAUGUGCCUGAUUUAGAAAAAUCAGCAAUAGAAAUAUAAGAUAAUUUGGAAGUAAUACCAUUCUGCGAGAAAAUAUUGAUCUCAUUUUAUUUGAAAGAUAAAUUUGAAAAUUGCUAUGGCGACACAGAAAAUCAAAUAUUCUCUGAAUCUAAUUGCAAUGUUAAGCAAGUGUCAGGCAAUCAAUCAAAGUUAAAUUUGACUUUCACUAAUUUAACAAAAGUCGGUAAUUUGAAUGCUUAUCUUAUAUUUGAUCCUAUCGAAGUUUUAGUCUUAGAAGAUACAGCUGCAGUUGAAUAUUUCAUAAACAAUUAAUUAAAGAAAAGUAAUUUAUCUAUUCAUUGUUUUAGGUUAAAUAUGGAAACUCUCUGGUUUAGGAUUGGAUAAAAGAAGAUAACGUUUCCAACAAGCCGUUAAUUAAGUUUGGAAACCAACAAGUUAUAACUUGAAUAUCAGUCGAGUUAAUUUCUUGGAAGAUCUCUUAGAAUUGGCUGAGAAGAAGCUCAACUAUCAAUUUAGCAUCAAAUUUAAUAAUGAGCCAGGUAUAGAUGCUGGUGGUUUAAAGAGAGAGUUUUAUGAUAUGAUUGGCAAUACACUCAAGGAUGAAAAUUAUAAAUUUUUCUCUCCUGUCUCUUCUAAUCAAAGCAAAUACUUUUUGCAUCCAAAGUUUAAUAAACAAAAGAAUAAAGAACGAUAUGCAUUACUAUUUGGAAAAGUAAUUAUUUCUCUUAAAUAAUAAGUUAAUUGCUAAUGCAAUAUGUAAUUCUUAUCUCAUAGGAAUUGAUAUCAUAGCUCCCUUCUGGAAGGUUGUAUUUGAUGAAAGAAUUGUGUUUACGGACCUCAGUCUCAUUUGGGAUAAAGAUACCUAUAAUAAUUAUGAGAAAUUGAAAACAAUGAGUGAAGAAGAUCUAGAGUCUGUUUGUCUUGUGUUCACAUAUUCCACAGGCAACAUUGAAACAGAUUUGAUUGUCAAAGGAUCUUAGACAAAUGUUACCAAGAAGAAUUUAGAGUUGUAUCUUAAUAAGACUGCGGAGUAUGUCAUCCAUAAACAGUUUGACAAAAUCUAUAAAUCCUUUAUUGAAGGAUUUUCAUCUGUUUUAGACAUAUCAGUAUCAUAUAGUGAAUAUCACAUAGGUUUACUAAAAGUGGUUGAUGCCUGCAGAGAUGUCUCUCUUGACUUAAGGAUUGUUAGAAAUCAAGUCUGAAAUUCUGUUACAGAAAUUCACUUUUAGUGGAGGAAAACCAUAACAUAAGUCCUACUUUGAGACCUAUGUUAGUCAAGCUUCUCCUGAGACAUUGAAGAAUAUGUUGAAAUUCAUCACAGGUAAUUAAUAUUUUAAUAGUCUAGGUUCAUCUUCUAUUCCAUUUGAUCAAAGUUCUUAUGUGAUUAGUGUCAGAUUUGAUUCAGGACUCUCAGAUCGAAAGUUGCCUCUUAGUCACACUUGUUUCAAGUCCAUAGAAGUGCCUCUUUACAAAAGCUUUGCAGAACUCAAAUAGAAAUUAGACAUUGCAUUUACUAUUGGAUUUGAAGGCUACGGAUUUGGUUGA